GACAGCUUUCUUCUUUUUAAGGUGACAGCUAAGCUGAUAAAGGAAUCCACAAUGGUGUGCUAAUGGGUGUUGAUGUGUUAAUGGAGAGAUCUAAUCCCCCAACCCAGACCCCAGAAAUUGAAGCCAAGGAGGCCUGUGAGUGGCUGAGGGCAGCCGGUUUUCCCCAGUAUGCUCAGUUAUUUGAUGAUAUGCAGUUUCCCAUUGACAUCCAAACUGUGAGACGUGACCACGAGUUCCUAGACCAGGAUGCCUUUGAGGCUCUUUACAGGCGACUAAACACCCUGAACAAAUGUGCAGAGAUGAAGGUGGAGUUCAGCUGCCAAAGGAGGAGGAGUGAUGAGUCAGAAGAUGAUGAACCAUGUGCUAUCAGCAGCAGGUGGGCCUACGAGCGCUGCAGCCGGCGCUGGUCCCGCCUGGACAGCCUGGAGGUCUUCUCUGGGGGGACUGGUUCCUUGGGCAGUCCUGUCCUGGAGAGAGUGCCGAGGAUCCCGAGCAGGGAUGCUGAGGAGCCAGCCUCCCCGGAGCCAGAGGAGAAGCCAGACGCCUUUUCCGUGAGUAGCUCUAGCAGUGGCGACAGUGAUGCUCCCUUUCCCAAGACCCUGGAGGAUGCUGAGACUCCUCCUGACUCGUCCUGCUUCUCCUAUGCCAACAAGCUCUCUUCACCUGCUUCUAGUCCCAGCCCUUCCCCAUCCCCCAUAGAGACUCUGAAUAUUGCUGGUGAAGAUCCACCUCCUGCAGAGAAGACCCUCCAACCCAACCGAGGCAAGAGCUUCUUGAGAAAGAUGGAGAAGUUGCGGCUCCGCACAGGGUCCAAACGCGGCGGGACUCCACGGGCCCGGCCUCCCAUCAGUGGGCCUGUCCUCCUUGAGGGUUUCGACGAUGACAAGCUCCGCAGUCUCAACUGUGUGAGCAUCGGUCGAGAGAUGGGAGCUUGCCCAUCCUCGCCACCAAUCUGUGGCAGCAGCAGCGGGAGCCAGUCUGAGACCAGCAGCACUGUGAGCACUCCGAGUCCUGUGACUCGAGUCCGCAGCCAUAGGCAGAGGGAUGGAGAGCUCAGCUUAAGUCCCCCCUCACCAUGGGCUGAUGUGACUGAGCAGAACCUUCAGAAUCAGCUGUUCCAAGUGCCAGUGGGUCAUAAACCAGGCACCUUCCCCAAGGAUCUGACCCUUAACUCCCCGCCCCCCCUAGAUCACCCAUCGGUCAAUUGGCGGACAGGCAGUUUCCAUGGCUGCCACCGGAAUCGGUUUGGAACCAGCUCCAAGGAGAUGGAACCCCCCUAUUGUCUAUCUAGACUGCCAGAUAAUCGGCUCAGUGUCUAUGACAAUGUGCCAGUACUGGUCCUUGGCAGGACAGAGGGUGUCGGGUCCCUUGACAAUGAUCUCAUCUUAGAUUUUGACCAUCUGAUGGAAGAUAUGAAUGAACUACAGAGGCUAGAGAAUCAGUGGGCAAAGAAGGAUUCAUACUUUGGGGACUUUGACUUUACCAGCUCCCCAAACUUAACUGCCUCCCCUGCCCAAAUCCUCCUGGAGAUUACGGAGCCUUCUGGGGAGACAAUCUCUGGGUCCAGGUCUGGUGGAGGGACGGAGCAUCACCAUAAAAGAGACGGUCCUUGGGACUCUUCCAAAUCAUCAUGCUCACUGAAGUCCGAUACUGCCUCCUCAAGCCCCUGCAGGCCUAGAAAAUGGAACUGGUCAACAGAAGAAACAACCGGCCUGACCAAGUCCUUCCUGCAGGUUGAAGAACAGUCAGCUCUACAACUCAAUUAUUUAAAGAGUGUGGCUAUGUUAAAUCUUUCUGCCAUCAUGGAAAAAAAUCCUCUAUCCAGCAAACAGGGCUGGAACUGGCCGGUUCCCAAGUUCAUCAGGAAGAACAAAUAUUCUGAUUUUAAAGGCAAGAAUGUGUUUGGAGUUCCAUUACUACUAGUUGUCCAGAGGACAGGCCAUCCACUCCCACCAGGCAUUUUCCAAGCUAUGGAGUAUCUGAGGGCACAGUUCUUGGACCAGGUUGGUUUGUUCAGGAAAUCAGGGGUGAAGUCUCGAAUCAUGUCCCUUCGGGAGAUGAAUGAAGCCCACCCAGACCAUGUGGACUAUGAAGGUCAGUCUGCCUUUGAUGUAGCUGACAUGGUGAAGCAGUAUUUCCGUGACCUCCCUGAGCCAAUCUUCACUAGCAAGAUCUGUGAAUCUAUCCUUCAUAUAUACCAAUAUCUGCCUAAGGAAGAACAGUUUAAUGCUGUACAAGCUGCCAUUCUCCUACUUCCAGAUGAAAAUCGAGAAGCCUUGAUUAUCCUUCUCUUCUUCCUCCGAGAUGUUGUAAGAUUUGUGGAGGAGAACCAGAUGACUCCCACCAACGUUGCCGUCUGCCUCGCCCCAUCUCUUUUCCAUCUCACUUCUGUCACUUCCUUUCGGUCAGAUAAUCCCACAUCUUCCAGGUCCAGUCAGAGGAAAUACCAUGUGGGCAAACCUGAUCAGAGAGACCUGAGCGAGAACCUGGCUGCCACCCAGGGCCUGGCACACAUGAUAGCAGAAUGCCACCAGCUCUUUCAGCUGCCUACAAGUUAUUUGGAAUCCAAUAGAUGCCAGAAACCCCCAUUCUCUGAAAAAAGCCUAGUCAGUCACUCAAUAACAUUGAGAUCUUUGGAGAAGUCCAUUCAGGACCUGCUUCGAGAUUCCAAGGACAAGUUCCGAACCUGGGCAAGCCGCUUUUGCUUGGAUAAUGUGGAAGUGGCCAAUAAAAAGGUGGAAGAGAACUCUCACUUACUUCUGUGGAAAGCCUCCAUUGACAUUCAUGCUGCCCCUCAGGCUAUCCUCCUUCGGGUGCUUAAAGCGCAGCCAUCCUGGGACCACACUCUGCAGCAGGCUGUUGUCCUAGAAGUACUGAAUGAAGAGGCUGAUAUUUACCACUACACAGUGAAAAGCAUGACGCCGCUCCCUCCCCAGGACUACGUGGUGCUGCGGACCUGGAAGUCAUAUCCCCAGAUUAAUAGCUAUGUUAUAGCUGCAACCUCUGUAUGGUGUGAAGCUGCUGAACUCCAUGGAGUCUUGGGAGAGGUCAUCUUGUGUCAGUAUCUGAUUGAAAUGGUGGGACCUGAAAAAUCUCGAGUGACUCAUAUCUGCAGGAAAGAUACCAGAGGACGGACUUCUAAAUGGUACAGGAAUGUUUUCGGGCAUAUGUGUGCAGCUGAAUUGCUCAGGUUAAAAGACUCUUUUCAGUCUUCGAACUCAGAAGUCAAAUAAGCCCAAAAUCUGAAGCCAGAGCUGUUUUCGAGGCGCAGUUAAUUGCUAUGCCCUUCAGCCAUGUUUGGAAAUAUGUGGAUAAUGGAAUGCUGUUUUUUUUUUUUUAAACAACUGAUAAUCAAAGAAUAUCUAAAGGAAUAUAAUUGUAUAAGAAAAAGCUGUUCUUGGAGAGACUCUAUAUAGAGGGAUAUUAAAGGUCAAACUAUUUAUAUAAAAAACUAAUCUUAACAUCCCAGAAAUAGUCAAAGUGAUGGUUUAAAUCUAUGCUGUGCAGUAAGUUAUUAAAAACUUGGUGAUUACCUAGAUUUGCUGAUUUUUUUUUAAUGAUGAAGUUGUAUGUCACUUUAAAAAAAAUUUGUACAAAUUGCUGUAAAAUGAUCUUUAUUUUUUGUUUGCUUGUUAUUUUUAGCAUGGAAAGAGUAGCCUGAAAGCCUUAAAGGACAUAAGAUGAAUUGCCACUUAUUUCCAUUUGUGAUAUAAAACACUGUUAAUAAUAAAGUCAUUAAUAAAUUGUAA